AUGACUUCCCCUGAAAAAGACGUAAUGCCAAAAGCAGCACGAGUUCACCACAAUGUAUCAAUUUUACCCGUAAAUCCUGUAAUGCGGGGCAUUGACACGAAUAUGACAGAUGCCCAAGCAGAGGACGAGUUCUUCUACUUGACUACUCACAAGCAGGUCAAUUGCAAGACAAGGGUGCGAAUAGGAAAAAAGGGGGAUGGGGGUUGGGAUGCGUGUAAUGAAGAGCCAUACAAACUACGCGAACCAUGUCUUGUUUACUCUAUUGGAAUCAACAAUGAUUGGAGCUUUGAUGAUGCCGUUGUAAAGCAGGCUGGCUGCGAGGUUCAUGCAUUUGACCCAACUAUGAAUAUAACCGAUCACAAGAGAGGGAAAUCCAUAUACUUUCAUAACAUAGGACUAGGUGUAGAAGACACAAUUAAUGAUCUGGGAUGGAAGAUGAGGCGUGUCUCCACAAUCAUGAAGGAUCUGGGACAUGAUAAUAAGAUAAUAGACUUUUUCAAAAUGGAUAUAGAAUAUUCAGAAUGGAUGGUGUUUCCUGAGAUGAUCAGAGAUGGAGUUCUGGGAAAAAUUAAACAACUUGUUUUCGAAUUUCAUACACAUAUGCGAAAACACACUGGCAAUACUGUAGCAAGUUCUCAUUAUGAAGAACCCACAAAAGAACAAUACAUAACAAUGUGGAAAACUUUAGAGCAAUUAGAAAAAGCUGGUCUGAGACGAUUUUUUCACAACACUAACUGGGGAGGAAAGUAUCAAUCAAAGUAUACGAGGAAAAUAAGAUCACCUUACCAGGAAGUGUAUUAUCUAAAUGUUAACUAUUUAAACCCACAUUGAAUUUACUUCUUCUUUAGAUAGUAGAUCUUUUAAAUUCUUGUUCACGUGUAAAAGGCAUGCAUUUUUAGAUUUUUAUGUCACCACCACAAGUGGUGACAUAUUGUUUUCGUGGACGGCAAUUUGCGGCGUCUGUUAACAAAUGACAGGUGGUGACAUUUUGCCGUGUAUCUUUUAUUAAGAUCUAAAGCAAUCACUCUAAAAAAUAUAUACUUGUGGUUGUAUUAUUUUUACAUUUUCACGUAAUUUAAUUACUGGGCCAGGUAAUUGUUUUUGUACCUUUAGGGAUUAAAUUUUGUAAUUAUAUUACCUGGUCAGUAUUAAAUAUUCAACCUAGUAAUUCCAGUA